AUGGACCUGAAGAAUCGGAGUCUGAUUUUGGAGGAAGUGCAGAAAGGUCUAGCGCUGCUUAAUCCCACUCCUAUCCGUCUCCACGGUGUCGUGGGACUCAGAGAGGACGGCCAGCCCGGCUGGACCCCUAAGGACCCGCCUGUAGGUGAAGUGGAUAUGGUUAAAGAACUGCGCGAAGGUGGCGGUUUUAACUUAAGACUCAGCGAUGCUCUACCCCUGGACCGAGAUGUCCGUGAUAAUAGAGACCAACAUUGCCGAAACGAUUGGGAUAUCGCACGACUACCAACCGCAUCCGUUAUCAUCGUUUUCUAUAAUGAACCCGCCAGCACACUACUCCGUUCCAUCCACUCCAUAUAUAAUUACACUCCCCCCGAACUACUGGAGGAGAUCGUACUCGUUGAUGACGGAUCAUCGACCGAUUGGAUCCGCGCAGACGGCACCGGGGAGCUUGAAGCCCUCGUCGCCAUGUAUCCCAAAAUGAAGUUGAUAAGAAACUCCAAACGAGGUGGUAUCGUUCCCGCCAGAAUGAACGGAAUCCGGAACGUUAAGGCUCCCAUUUUUGUCAUUCUGGAUUCACACAUCGAAGUGCAACCGAGAUGGCUCGAACCACUGGUCAAUAGAAUUGGAGAAGAGCGCACAGCGGUGGUUAUGCCGCAGGUGGACUCAUUGACAUCGGAGACGUUUGAUUACACGGACGGUGGUAUUGGAUGCACCUUGGGUUUCCUAUGGAAGAUGAUUGAACAUGGGUACGAGCCGGUGGAGGGUGUGUCACCGGCGGAUCGAAUUGCUCCAGAGCCCAAUUCGGUUGUGUCAUCUCCGACCAUGGCUGGUGGUUUAUUUGCAGCUAAUACUGAUUUCUUCUUGAAUGAGAUUGGAGGGUAUGAUGAGGGCUUUUCAUAUUGGGGUACUGAGAAUCUGGAAUUGUCUUUCCGUGUAUGGCAAUGCGGGGGACGUCUUGAAUGCAUGCCUUGCUCACGAGUGUUCCAUGUGUUCCGUAAGGGUGGCGUAGGUUACUCAUCACCACCUGGUUCUACUACUAAGAAUAAAAUGCGUUUAUUAAGUGUAUGGAUGGAUGAAUAUGCUGAUCUUGCUUAUAAAGUUAUUGGGCGCCCUAAGACUGACUUUGGUGAUGUCUCGGUUGUAAGACGUUUCCGUGAAGAAAAACAAUGCAAAAGCUUUAACUGGUUCUUGAACGAAGUAUUCCCCGAAAGCCAUGUAAUCAAUCUCGCGGAAGAUGUGCCUUUCCUUGGAGAAGUCAAACUCAAGUAUGAUUCCACUUAUUGUCUGGCCAAUGGCAACCCUCACGAUCCAAGUAACGCACAUGUUCGUGUUAAAAAAUGUUCUGCCGUUGGCAAACAUGAAUACGAAUGGAUGUUCUUCAAAAGACCAGGAUGGAUCAUGCCCGUCACCAACGACGAGUCAUGCAUGAGCACAGCACACCUAGCUAAAUCCUCCUGGUGCGAAAGGGCCAAUACACGCUUCUCCGUCAUAUCCGUCGAACCUGAUCAAGUUCAAAUUAAACACGCCGAUCAAUGCGUAGGCUCCACCGAUAAAAAGGCACUGGCCUUCCUACCAUGCGAUCCCCAUGACCCCAAACAAAUCUGGCUCUGGCCUUCUUACAACCCUCCCAAGACCUGGACACCACCUCCUAAACCCGCAGAAAACUGA